AAGAUACAAGGCGCAACCUUAAUUCUAUAUACGCAAUAAUUGCCUGACUGUUUUCUUGAUUUUUUCUCUCUUUUUAAUGAAAUGCUGCCCAAGUCUUCUGCGUGUUCUAGUAAAAGAAAAGUUCUUGGGUCACUCUCAUCGUCUCCCUACCACUAAAUGGCCUUUCUCUGAAGAGCCACCGUUUGGUCGAUCCGUCUCUCCAUAUAUAUGUCAUUCCACCCCUCUCCUCUCCGCCUCCAAAAUUCUAAGCUUGCUAAAGUUUUUUGCAACUUUCAAGUAACUAGCGUCUAGCUACACCUAGCUUGCUGAGUUUUGUGCACCGGUGCUUCACGAGUGGGGACCUCAUGGGCAUUGCGGAGAAGAGGCCGGCAACGGAGGUGAGAGGGAGGAAGGCCGGUGGGCUGAUCACCAAGACUCUGGAGCGAUGCCGGAGCACGCCAACGGCGAGGCAGAAGCCAGCAGAGGGCUGUUUCUCAGUUUAUGUCGGCGCAGGCAGACAGCGGUUUGUGGUGCGCACCGAGUGCGUGAACCACCCGUUGUUCGUGGCGCUGCUGGAGGAGGCAGAGGAGGUGUUCGGGUAUGCGGCCACAGGCCCGCUCCAGCUCCCGUGCAACGCCGAGGCGUUCACUGGCGUGCUGGAGCAGAUCAGGGAGGAGAAGCAGGCGGCGGCCUGUAGGAAGGCGGCGGCGGGGAAGGGGUGCGGCCUUGCGAGGGGCCAGUCCGCCUACCGGCUGCUAGGCACCGGCGGCCGGCUGGUCCACAUCGGCCGGUCAUAGCAUGCAUUGGAUUGGAUUAUAUGCUGAGUUGGCGAGCUCUGAAUUUGUGUUGAGCUCAUAUUCUCAAACUAUAUUGUAAACCUUGAUAGCAACCUUAGGCUUCCCAAGUAUGGUAAACAACCUCAUAAUAUACUGGGCAACGUUAGAUAUUUUUCUUCUCAUUUUUUCUUUGCGAGCAGAGGUAAUGUUAGAUGUUGAUGUGUAUUCCCCUCCAAAGUUGUGGUAACUGCUGAUGGAAGUAUUUUACAAAUGCAAAAUAGCUUUUGUCAGUUCUUUGUGGUCUGUAUGGUGAAAUAUCAAAGUAAAAUUGCACAUUUCAAUA